AUGUACUGGUUUGUGCAAGUUCCGAAGCCUUUCCGCUCCAUCCCGCCUUUCCUCUCCACCCCAGAGACUCUUGGUGAAGAACGACACAAAGGCAGACCCAAGGUGCACCAGGACAAGUUGAACCAGCAGUGGCGUGCAAUCCUGCGCCAGACUCAAGCGGCAGAGCUGCGUGAAGAUUUCACAAUACUCAGAAAAACUUUUGAGAGAGUUGUGGCCUGCAAGGACAAUGCCAUUAAUUUACUGGUGAGGGAUCUGAAUGAAAUGGCUCAGCAGUCAAGCGCUCAUCUCCAGCAUAUGGAUCAUCUGCUGAAGGUACAGAAAAGCCGACUGGCAGCACUCGAGUCACACUGGAGCACCAGUCUGAAGGAACUCAGUACUGAGUACAACUCAAAGAGGGACCAGCUUUUGAAGCUGCACCAGCAGGAGAGUGAGUACAUCAAAGCAGAAAGCUUUGCCUUGGGCCAGCGCUAUGCUGAAAUAUCCAGUGAGGCCAAACAGGACUAUCUGAUUGCACGUGAUGACACCAAAAACAGGCACGCAGUGGACAGCACCUUGCAGGAGUUGCAGCAGUGGUAACUCUGAGAAAUGCAGGCGUACACAGAAGCCACUGAGGAUCAGAAGAACAAAGCUUUAAAUUUGCACUCUGACAUUGAGAAAAUAAACCUCAAGAGGAGGCAAGUGCAGAGACUGCAGGACACCAUCAAAGCUCCGUGUUCUCAUCAGAGCUCCAGUCAGAGGGAGAACGAGGCAUAUGCAUGUCACCUUCAGGAGCAACGUGAGGAACUGACUCAGAAAGUCCAACAGCUCAGAGCUAAGCUCAGCUCUGCCCAGAAAGCUGAAAGAACACGUCUAGUUAAUCAGAUUACAUACAGCAAUAACACAAUUAAAAAACUGCAGGAUGUUCUCGGAGAGGAAGAGAGGUUGUUGCGUAUGGCUGACAUGUAUCGCAAGCUUGAAACUGAGCAGAAGAUGCUUCCCUUUUACAUGUCAUCUUUAAAUGCUGAGGAACUGAGUCAGGAGAAAGCACAUGCUAUGGUGGCGAUGUCUAAAGAGUUGGCACAGACAACGGUUGAUUACCAAGAUCUGGAAAAGUUCUGGCAACGUUAUAACAAGAUUCUACUGGAACGUUUGUGCUUAUUUGUGUUCCUUUGA